AUGGAAACAGUGGAAGGCGUUGCUGAUCAUCUGGAAAAAAUACUGGAACAUAUCUGUCAACUCAAUCUAACAUUAGAAAAUACUUUUCUCAAAAGUAACUGCCAAGGCAAUGAGAAGAUAGUGGAGUAUAUUCCCAAAUUGACGCCUCUUCUUUUGGAUCUCCUCAAAGCCUUCAACUGGCAACUGAAGCACACAACUAAGAUUCUUCAAGAUACCAGCAAGCUACUGAAUAAGCAUCAUGGGGAAAGUUCGCAAUACAUUUCAAGUCAAGAGGGGAGCAGCCUUGUAGAUUGGCUUCUACAAUUACAUAAGCAAAUACUACAUGCUGUUGGACACUUUGAAGAAUCAGAAAAGGAACUGCUUGAAAUGAAUUGUGGAAAAAUGCAUGGAGUUCAGCAGGCAAAAUAUGUAUCUGAGAAUUCUGAUGCUGAUGAGGAGGAAGUAAAAAAAAUACAGUUGCUUGGUUGUGUAAAUAAACCAUUCCAAAAAUCUUCUCCCAUGGAUGAUGAAGUAAACAAAGCUCAAGAAACAGAAAAUAAAGAGAUGGUGAUUGAUACAGUUGUAUCCUCACAUCAGAAGACACAUGACAAAGAAUUGGAAUAUCUAGCACAUGGAGGAAAAGAAAAUCAAAAUAUACCAGAUAAAUUAGUUGCUUCACCAAGCAAGGAUAAUGAAAAUGGGGUUGAUUCAGGAAACUCUUUGGGGAGAAAAACAUCAGGAAAAAAUGCUUUGGAAGACUUUCCAGAAAGCAAUGGGAACACUUGCUUUCUGGAAAACAACAGUGCAAGCAAUCUGCUGAUACUUCCCAAUCAAGAAAAGCAAGCAGAGAUAAAUGACUGCCCAGAAGAGAGUGCAAAUAGAGAUCACAGGCCAGUGGAAAAGCCAGAGAAGAGAUAUGACAGGAUUAAUCAAAAAGACAAGAGUGAUGAAAUUGACCAAAGAAAACAAGAAUGUUCUACAAGGUCAGAAGACUUACCUAAAAACAUUUACCUUCCCAUUGGUAACCUGGAGGAAGAAGAAAAUGGCAGGGACUGGGUGAGCAAAAAAUUUCUUGUAGGAAUGAAUGGUACCAAUGAAUUUGAAGUGGCCUGCUGCAUCACAGCCCCUUGCAGCAUCCUAGAAAGCAUAGUAGUCAAGUUUGUCAAUGACUUAAGUUCAUUGGUGGUGGAUGAUUCAGAAGAAUUAGUCAGCAAUGUCAUUAAUAUCGAGUGUUCACAGGCUGACACGUUGUUUCUUUCUCCAGUCACUGUUGCAAUCCCAUUUAUUCCACACUAUAGAGGAAUGUACCGAGACAUUAUGGUAAAAGUGACAAAUUCAGACUUGCAGUCAUGUUACUUAACUCCUGUCUCUUUGGAAGGGCAUCAAGGAAACCACAAGGAGACCUUUGCUGAAAUAAAAACCUCUCAGCUUGGAUUUUUUUCUGUGGUUUCAUGUUUAAAGCAGGAGAAAAUCACAAUUCCGAGAAAAGGAGGCCCACGUAAAAUAAGUAUGGAUCCCAGGAUUUCAUUUUUCUAUCCAUCAUCAACAUUCAGUGCUCGAGUCACCAUGCAUCUAAAGGUGCAACCAAUUGAGCCAUCUACAAUUUCCUUAUUAAAAGCAAAGCAUGACGCAUAUCAUUCAAUAGUAUCGACAAGCCCUCUGGUGUAUCUGCAACAUCCCUCAUCCCAGCCAUUCAACAAACCUGUCACAGUUAUUUUACCAUGUCCUCCAAAUCAAGAGAAGAAGAUGGAGGGUGAUGUGAUGGACCACGUGAGAGCAACAAGUGCUUCUGCACACAGAGUUACCACUAUGCAUCCUUAUCGAGCAAUGAGUGCCUCCCCAAGAAAACAUAGGGAGAAUCUAAACGAAUCCUUGAAAUUACUGGGAUACAAGAACAAAGAAGAGGGAUGGUCUGUAAUGGAUGACAUCGCAGUGCGAAAUGCACAGAACGGCCUUGUCGUAUUUGAACUGGAUGAACCCUUAGAGAGAUUUAUGGUCAUUCGUCUAUCCUCUUCAGUGGACAAUACACAUCUGAGUCAGUUUAUUGGGAAACUGGAAGAGGCUAUUUACAACACCAUGGUCAAAGUGGUAUUAUAUUGCAAAAGAGAAGAUCCUUACCAGAUUGUUGUCUUGCUGGCUCCAUCCAAGGAACUGAACUUGGAGCUCCAGAAUCUACGUGAAAAUGGAUAUUCUGGUCCUCCAGAACCUUCCCAGCAGUUCAAGAUGAGAGAAGGGGAACAGGUUUAUUUUAGAUUUAGUGGAAACAUUUUUGCUUCAGAUGAUAGGGAAUCCUUUGGUAAAACAUUCAAGCUCACUUUUCACGCACAAAGAAAGCCCAAGCUUGCCCUCCAUAUCAAGGAAGUGGAUGAAUUUGGCAACUACAGUUCGCCCCAUUACAAAGGGACUGCCUUGUUCUACAGAGUGAGCAAAGAAACUAUUGCCAAGAACCUGGAACAACCACUUCAGCUGGAUGAUUAUCAGGAUCAAGACCUUCUCUGCAAACUGGCUCUCACCUUGCCAAAAAAAGAAAGGCUCAUCAAACGUUCACAAAGCACAAAAAGAAUUUCAACCGAUUUAUCAGAGGCCCUGUGGGACAACUUGCUAUACUGGCUGUCACAAGAGCUGUCGGAAGAUAACGCUUCAUACCUCGCACUCUCUCUGCCUCUCCACCGAAGCACUCUUCAGCUUAUUAAACUGAAGUGCCCUGAUAAUCUCAGUGCACAGAUCUAUGAGCUCCUGUGCUUCUGGAAGAGGAAUCUUCCAAGAUCUGCUGACAAGCUCCAGCUUCUCUCUCGCUAUCUCUGUAAGACCGGUAGGAGCGAUCUUGCAGAAGAUCUCCAGUUCAAGUGGGAGAACAAAGUUUUUAUGAGAAGAAUUCAUUAG